AUGCUGCUUUGGAUUCUGUUGCUGGAGACGUCUCUUUGUUUUGCUGCUGGAAACGUUACAGGGGACGUUUGCAAAGAGAAGAUCUGUGCCUGCAACGAGAUAGAAGGGGAUUUGCACGUAGACUGUGAGAAAAAGGGAUUUACCAGCCUGCAACAUUUCACCGCCCCAACUUCCCAAUUUUACCAUUUAUUCCUGCAUGGCAAUUCCCUGACUCGACUUUUCCCUAAUGAGUUUGCUAACUUUUACAAUGCGGUCAGUUUGCACAUGGAAAACAACGGUUUGCAUGAGAUUGUUCCUGGGGCUUUCCUUGGGCUGCAGCUGGUGAAACGCUUGCACAUAAACAACAACAAGAUCAAAUCCUUCAGGAAGCAGACUUUCCUGGGGCUGGACGAUCUGGAAUACCUCCAGGCAGAUUUUAAUCUGUUGCGGGAUAUUGACCCGGGAGCAUUUAGGGACUUAAACAAGCUAGAGGUGCUGAUUUUAAAUGACAAUCUCAUCAGCACCUUGCCCCCCAACGUGUUUCAGUAUGUGCCGAUCACCCACCUCGACCUCCGGGGAAACCGUCUUAAAACCUUGCCUUACGAGGAGGUCCUGGAGCAGAUCCCAGGCAUUGCUGAAAUCCUGCUAGAGGAUAACCCCUGGGACUGCACUUGCGAUCUGCUGUCAUUGAAAGAAUGGCUGGAAAACAUACCUAAAAACGCUUUGAUCGGCAGAGUGAUUUGUGAAGCUCCCACUAGGUUGCAGGGCAAAGAUUUAAAUGAGACCACAGAGCAGGAGCUGUGUAAAAAGAACAGAGUAGAUUCCAGCCUAGCUGCUCCCCCUGCCGAAGAAGAAACCUGCGAUCCUGGUCCCAUUCCAACCCCCUUUAAAAUACAUGGCAAAGAAGACCCUGCCACGCCAGGAUCUGCUCCAAACGGAGGUACAAAGAUUCCUGUCAACUGGCAAAUCAAGACCAAACCCACUGCUGCCGUGUCGACAGUGAGUGCGAAAAGCAAACUACCAGCCACCUUUUCCUGCCCGCACAUCUGCAGCUGUGAUCAGAUCCCCGGCUCAGGUUUAAAGGUUAAUUGCAAUGAUAGGAAUGUGAGCAGCUUGGUGGAUUUGAAGCCCAAGCCCUCCAACGUGCAGGAGCUGUUUCUGAGAGACAACAAAAUACACACCAUCAGGAAAUCCCACUUUCUGGAUUACCGAAAACUUAAUUUACUCGAUCUGGGCAACAACAACAUUGCCACCGUUGAGAACAACACCUUCAAGAACCUCUUUGAACUCCGAUGGCUCUACAUGGAUAGCAAUUACUUAGACACCCUGUCCCGGGAGAAAUUUGCUGGGCUGCAAAACCUGGAGUAUCUGAACGUGGAGUUUAAUGGGAUCCAGAUGAUCAUGCCUGGCACCUUCAAUGCAAUGCCCAAACUGAGAGUCCUCAUCCUCAACAACAAUCUGCUGAGGUCUCUCCCAGUAGAUGUGUUUGCCGGGGUCUCGCUUUCCAAGCUGAGCAUACACAACAAUUAUUUCAUGUACCUCCCGGUGGCAGGGGUGCUGGAUCAGCUCACCUCCAUCACCCAGAUCGACCUGCAUGGCAACCCAUGGGACUGUACUUGCCCUAUCGUGCCUUUCAAACAGUGGGCAGAGAUGCUGCGCCCCAAGGUGAUUAUGAGUGACCUGAGGUGUGAGUCCCCUGAAGAUUUCUUCAAGGAGGAUUUUGAGUCUCUCUCCAACGAUGUGAUUUGCCCUCAGUUAAAAAUCUCUCCCACAUUAACUUCUACUAACAAAAACAGCACCGGGUUGACAGAGACAGGUACUCACUCCAACUCCUAUUUGGAGACCAGCAGGGUCUCUAUUUCGGUGCUAGUGCCAGGGCUUCUGCUGGUUUUUGUGACCUCUGCCUUCACAGUGGUUGGCAUGCUGGUUUUCAUCCUGAGGAACAGAAAGCGCUCCAAGAGGAGGGACGCCAACUCCUCUGCAUCUGAAAUCAACUCCUUGCAGACGGUCUGCGACUCGUCCUACUGGCACAACGGGCCCUACAGCGCUGACGGGGCCCACAGGGUGUACGACUGCGGCUCCCACUCCCUGUCGGACUGAGGCGGCGGGCGGGGCGGGGACGGCCUCCACCCGGGACCGGCCCUUCACGCGCCGGCCGGGGACAGCUCUGCACCUCCGCUGCUACCUUUUGUGAGAAGCGAAACACACA